UCGGGGCCCCUCCCCCUGGCGGUGUGUCUGUCUGAGCCCAGUCUGCGCUCUGUCCGUCCUUCAUGGAGCCCCCCGGAGCCCCGCGCUCCCCCCGCCGCUCCUGACACACAGCCCGGACCCUGCGACAGAGAGCGGCCAACCCCGGCCGGGGGGAACUGCCCCGUGUGGACCCCGGGCUCGGCCCUCCGGCACCAUGCAGCCCCCGCCGAGAAAGGUGAAAAUUACCCAAGAGCUGAAAAACAUUCAUGCUGAUCAGAUGACAAAGCUGCAGUCGAAACACCAGGCUGAAUGUGAUUUGCUGGAAGAUAUGAGGACAUUUAGUCAGAAAAAGGCUGCAGUGGAAAGGGAGUACGCCCAGACUAUACAGAAAUUAGCCAGUCAAUACCUGAAGAAAGAGUGGCCUGCAGUGAAACCAGAUGAAAGAAGUGAAUACAGAAGUAUAUACACCGUUUGGAAGUCAUUCCUUGAAGGCACAAUGCAAGUUGCGCAGUCUCGAAUUAACAUCUGUGAGAACUACAAAAAUCUCAUCUAUGAACCUGCCCGGACGGUGAAAUUGUACAAGGAGCAGCAGCUUAAGAGGUGUGUUGACCAGUUAACGAAGUUUCAGAACGAGCUGCAGGAGACAGUGAAGGAUUUAGCAAAAGCCAAGAAGAAGUAUUUUGAGGCCGAGCAGAUGGCUCAUGUAAUGCGGGAAAAAGCAGACAUCGAUGCCAAAUCUAAACUCAGCCUAUUCCAAUCACGGAUAAGUUUACAGAAAGCCAAUGUGAAGUUAAAAGCAAGGAGGUCCGAGUGUAAUGCCAAAGCCACCCAUGCAAGAAAUGACUAUCUCCUUACACUGGCAGCUGCAAAUGCCCACCAGGACCGCUACUACCAGACUGACCUGGCUAAUGCCAUAAAGGCACUUGAUGGGAAUGUAUACGAACACCUUAAAGACUAUCUGACGGCGUUCAGCAGGACUGAAUUAGAGACAUGUCAAGCUGUGCAGAAUACAUUCCAGUAUUUAUUAGAAACCUCCAAUCGGGCUUUCAUGCAACUGAAAUUCCCUUCCUCGGUUAUGCGAGAUUACAAUCUCCAGCUGUUUGUCCAGGAGAACACUGUGUUUCACAAGGCACAUCCCUUCCAGUUCCAGCCCAGUGACAGUGACACAAGUUUUAGUGCAGUUCCACUGGUGGACAUUGAACCAUCUCCCGUCAGUGCUAUGAGAAUGACUUUAGCAAAGAGCAGACAGCUGGAGUCCGAAACCGGCACUACGGAGGAGCACAGCCUAAACAAAGAGGCCCGAAAAUGGGCCACAAGAGUGGCCCGAGAGCACAAAAAUAUCAUCCACAGUCAGCGAGCCCUCGAUGAGUUAGAAUGUCAGAGCACACCAUCCACAGAGCAAGGGCGAGCUGAGCUGGAGCAAAAACUCGAAGAUGCUCGAGAAAGUAUCCGCAAGGCUGAGAUUACAAAGUUGAAAGCUGAAGCCCGUCUCGAUCUUUUAAGGCAAAUCGGCGUCUCCGUGGACACGUGGCUGAAAAGUGCAAUGAAUCAGGUGAUGGAAGAAUUGGAGAAUGAGAGAUGGGCAAGCCUUCCUACACUGAUGAAUAAUGGCUCCACUCACUUGGGAAGCAGCGACGUUGACAGAGAUGAGGGAGAGGAGCUUGAAGACAGCAUGGAUGCUUUCGAUGACAGUAGUUCCAGUCCAUCUGGCACUCUAAGGAAUUACCCUUUGACCUGCAAAGUCAUCUACUCCUAUAAGGCGUCUCAACCAGAUGAAUUGACUAUUGAGGAACAUGAGAUGCUUGAAGUUAUUGAAGAUGGCGACAUGGAAGACUGGGUGAAGGCAAGGAAUAAAUCGGGACAGGUGGGCUAUGCCCCAGAAAAAUAUCUCCAGUUUCCAACGUCAAACAGCCUCCUAAGCAUGCUGCAGUCACUGGCAGCCUUGGAUAGCCGGUCUCAUACUUCAAGCAACUCAAACGAUGCAGAGAUGGUGUCUGGGAGCAUGAACGGAGACGCAAAUGUUUGUUUUGUGAAAGCACUUUAUGACUACGAUGGCCAAACAGAAGAUGAGUUGUCGUUUCCAGAAGGCGCCAUCAUCCGCAUCCUUAAUAAGGAAAACCAGGAUGACGAUGGGUUCUGGGAGGGUGAAUUCAAUGGCCGUCUUGGUGUAUUCCCCUCCGUGCUGGUUGAAGAGCUUGCUGGAUCAGAAAACGGUGACUCACAGUGGAUGGGAGAAGCUCAGGUGUCUCCAUUGCCUAAGCCGCAGACUACACUGCCACCGCUGCCCCUGUAUGACCAGCCUCCCUCCAGUCCAGUGUUUAGUCCAGACAAGAGAAGCUCCCAAUACUUCCCUAGGUCUCCAUCUGUGAAUGACAAUAACAUCAAUUUAGAGUCUCCUGGGACAUCGCAGCCACCCCGGAGUGCCCCAGAGACAUAUCACAGCAAGCUGCGCCCAGUGAGAGCCGCACCACCGCCUCCUACGCAGGCUCAUCGCCGGCCGGCCGAGAAAACAGAAGACGUGGAAAUAACGUUGGUUUAACAACGAUGUCCCAAACGUUGCUGCAAUCGAGGCUAAAUGUGUCCUUUGGUAGAGAUCUUCUAGGCACCUUCUGCAUGUCGAGAUCCUUGCCAGAUCGUGGGAAAAUAUGGACUUUUAAAAAACAAAAAAACUAAGAAAUCCCCCUUGGCAGGGAGAAUACAUUGGACAUUGUGCCUUUUUUUGUUCCAGCUUUUAUUUUGUUUUUCUUUCUUGAAUUAUAAAUGUUCUCUGCUCUCCCUUACCACACCUAAUUCUUACAGUGAUAUGUUUACUAGCUUAAAAAUUAGGUUAUCGACUCUCGGGGAAAAAUAAAUUAUUUUUCCCAUGUGUUAAAAGUCGUGUCUGCUCACCGGGACAGACACUUGGAAAUCACAAUGUUAUAACUCUAUUAGACAUAUCAUUGCUGGGUUCGACACACAGAUUGCACCAGUAAGGGAGAUUUUAGGAGGCACGGCUCCCAGCUUUCAUGCUGAGAUUUGUAGAACAUCCCCUCUGUGCAGCUUAGUCAUAGAGUAAAUCUAUCGUGUGAGUUAGUACAGUAUAUUACUGUUGCCAUAGGAAUGUGUUAAGAUUGUCAAGACUUCUCCAGUUAUCUGUGUAUGGAACAGAAGCUAUCGAUUUAACCCUUUGCUGCCAAAAAAAGACCUUCGGUGCUUUGCAGUGCAAAGCAUUCGCAAGCUUUUUGUCCCAGAAUGGGUUACGUCAAGGAAUAUUUCAUGAGGCUGGCUCCUCUAAUUAUUAACCCUGCAAGCGAAAAAAAAA